UUGGCAGGGCAGUGCCGAACAGGGGGCUUCCUUCUUACUUCCCCAUCAGAAAAAAUUCUUUAAUCUCUCCCUCACACACACAGGGAUGCCGUCAAAAGGAAGGUUUUGAGUCUAGUUUACGCCAAAUAGGUCGACUUGUACAAUUCCAUUCUCCACCCGUCCAACGCAUUACUAUAAAGAGCCAACCCUUUUCCUCAAUAAACCCAACCUAUCCUCUCUGAUCUCUAUCCCUCUCUGUUUCUUCUUCUUCUUCUUCUUCUCCUUUUUCUUGUCGUUAUUCUCUUGCUUUCUCUCUGAAUCUGAUCAUGGAAGGAUUGUAAGAGGUAGACUGACUCCACCGCCCAAAAUUGAGCUGAGUUUGGGACUUGAGAGAAACCCAGUUCUCCCGGGUGGUUGAGUGAGUCUGUAGCUUCAAGGAUAGAAGGCAUAAGCAUAAUCGUUUGAGAUGGAGAAGCUUAGUUUUGUGAAGAAUGGAGUGAUUAAACUACCUCCAGGCUUCAGAUUCCAUCCUACUGACGAAGAGCUCGUCGUUCAUUAUCUGAAGCGCAAGGUCUUCUCUUGCCCAUUGCCCGCUUCAAUCAUUCCUGAGGUCGAUGUCUGCAAGCACGAUCCAUGGGAUUUGCCAGGUGAUUUGGAGCAAGAGAGGUAUUUCUUCAGCACCAAAGAAGCCAAGUAUCCAAAUGGGAACAGAUGCAAUAGAGCAACAGGUUCUGGUUACUGGAAGGCCACUGGAAUUGACAGAAAAAUCGUAGCUUCUAAAACCAACCAUGUAGUAGGGAUCAAGAAGACCCUGGUUUUCUACAGGGGGAAACCUCCUCACGGGUCUAGAACCGAUUGGAUCAUGCAUGAAUAUCGUCUGGCUGGCUCUGGCUCUGCAACACUUCCCUGCAUUUUCCCACAAAAGAGAAACCCAACCCAAAAUUCUACUAUGGAAGUGGAAGAUUGGGUUCUCUGUCGCAUAUUUUUGAAGAGGAGGAGUACUAAAAAUGAUGAAGAGAUCUUCUCCCAGCCCUUAAAGGAGAACAGAGUUAGGAAUAUUGAGACGGCUAGGCCUAGUUUCAUUGAUUUUAUGAUGGUCAGUGACAAGAGCGAGCCAGCUCCUGCUCCUCCUUCUUCAUCUUCUUCCUCGUGUUCAGGUUCGAGUGGAGUCACAGAAGUAUGUUCCAGUGGAUCCGAUCAUGAAGAAAGCAGCAGUUGCAACAGUUUUUCUUCAUCUUAUUGUAGGAGAGGUCCAUGAAAACUCUUUCAGUUGAUCCUGUAACAGAAAUUGAGGUUUCACCAUCCCCUAAACCCGGCAAUGAGAAUAACAAUAAAGUUAAAUUUAACUCGAAUGUUACUUCAA